GGAAGGAGAACUCUUGCUACAGUGUUUCUGCAGUAUACUUUCAUUUUUCUUGGGGAGUACUGCUGGGUGCCUGGCUCUCAGAUCUAAUUACGCUGGUGCAGGGCUAUCAGCAGACUGGGGCUUGUCGUGCUGAGAGAGAGGAAAGCUGCUGCACAACAGAAAGUACAUUCAGCCCAGUUCCCUGCUGCUCCUGCUGCUGCUUGUAAGAAUGGCUUCUGCUGAACUGAAGGAGGAGCUGAACUGUUCCAUCUGCCUGAGCAUUUAUACAGAUCCUGCUGUCCUGAGCUGCGGCCACAACUUCUGCCGCCUCUGCAUCAGCCGAGUCCUGGAUACCCAGGAGGAAGCCGGCCUUUACACCUGUCCCGAAUGCAGAGCGGAAUUCCAAGAGAGACCCACGCUGCAGAAGAACAUGAAGCUGUGCAACAUUGUGGAGUGCUUCCUGACUUCUCGGCCAGUGCAAGAGCAAGCCGGGAUCUUCUGUACCUACUGUGUGCACUGCCCUGUGCCUGCUGUGAAGACUUGUUUGCAGUGCGAGACCUCCCUGUGCGAAAUCCAUCUGCAGGCGCACAGCAAGCUGGUGGAACACACUUUAACCUAUCCUACGACCUCUUUGGAAAACAGAAAGUGCUCCAUCCACAAGAAGCUCCUGGAGUAUUACUGCCCCGAGGACGCUGCGUGCAUCUGCGUGUCCUGCUGCGCUUUUGGAGAGCAUAGAGGGCACCAGGUUGCGCUCCUCUAUGAGGCCUCAAAGAAAAAGAAGGACAAGCUGAGGCUGGUCAUGGAGAAACUGACCUCCAAAAGAGAGGAGACAGAGAAAAGGACGCAAAGUCUACGGGAACACCGGCAAAAAGUCGAGGAAAAGGCAUCCAGUAUAACCGAGAGAGUCACCCUCUUGUUCAAAGAAAUCCGGGAACAUCUAGAGGUCCUGGAGAAGAGAGUCCUGAGUGAGAUCACCGGCCAGGAGGAGCAGGUCUCGCUUCAUGUGUCCGAUCUCAUCCAGCAGCUGGAGAUAGAAAAGGAGGAGCUAUCCAAGAAGAUGCGACACAUUGAGGAACUGUGCAACAUCAUGGACCCCCUGACCGUCUUGCGAGGGCGGGAGUCUGACGCUACCAACUGCGAUAAUGAGGAGGAAGAUCACAAGGACAAGAAGAAAGACGUGAAAAACGUGCAGGCCGUAUGCGAUUUGGAUGAGGGUUUGAUCUCGGUUAUUUUGCACACGGGCUUAACGGACAUUGUGACGGGCCUGAAGUCAAAACGGGGAUUCCACAUGCAGGUGGCCUCGGACAUACUUCUUGACGUAUAUACUGCGGGAGACUAUGUUGCUGUGUCUCGGGAUUUUAAAAUGGCGUCUUGGUCGGAAACCAAGCAGUGCCGGCCUAAGACACCCGAAAGAUUUGUGAAUUAUCACAUUUUGAGCACAAAGAUUUUCACUUCUGGACAGAAUUACUGGGAAGUGGAGGCCAGUGAACUGGGCUACUGGAUGGUAGGACUGGCAUAUCCCAGUAUAGAGAGGAAGGGAGAUCGGGCUGUGACAGGUUAUAAUAAGAAGUCCUGGUGCCUCCGUAUGUCGGAUAAAACACACUCAGCCAUACAUGAUUCCAAGAUAAACCCCUUGUACCCUGAUAUUUCGGUGCAAAGAUUAGGGAUAUACUUAGACUAUGAGGCCGGGCGACUUUCCUUUUAUCAGAUCUGUGGGUCAAUCAGACACUUGCACACCUUCAUCACUCACUUCACAGAACCCCUACAUGCCGCGUUCUGCGUCUAUAAUAAUUCCUGGGUCCGGAUCAGGAGCUAAGACAUCUACUAAGCAGUGACUGAUACAAUCAAUGACCUUUUACUUUGAAGCCUACAGUAUUUCUAUAUCUGUUAGAGACACACAUAUCUAUCAGGGAUGGAAGGAACAGAGGUUAUGACUUUUGUACAACAUAUACUGUAUGUCCUAUACAGUAUAUGUUGUACAAAAGUCAUAACCUCUGGUCCUUCCAUCCCUGAUAUUGAUAGUUGCAGGUGGCAGUUUUGAGUAUUUUAAAGCCCACCACCUUUAUCAGAACAGUGGUACUCCCAAACAUGGGGAUUGUCAUUGAGCCAAGCCUAUUAGCUGCCUCUCUAUAACUAAGGUGCUUCUGUGGUGAAAAAAUAGUCAUGAAAAUACAAUCAGCUCUCUAGAAUCCAGUGAUGUCACAUUUCGCUUACUACCUAAAUGAUGUCACUAGUUCCUUGUGACUUAAUAGGCUGAAUUCUUGUGAGAAUUGAUUAGUUAGCGCAAUAGAAUGUUCUAGCACUAUAUAUAAAUAAUUGUUAAUAAAUAAAUUGGUUCAUCCCACGAAAUGUCUGACCACACUAUGCUUUUACUGAGUAAAUGUCACCACAAAUAAAAAAAAUUCUGAUUUUUAAAGUGCAUAAAAUGCUUUGUGUACAGUAUUACUUUAGAAAUGAUCUACUCUACUGCAUAGAUUCUCAAACUCUGUCCUCAGGACCACAAACAGUCAUUGUUUACCAGGUAUCCCAGCAGGUGCACAGGUGUAUUUAUGGGACUGUUAUGAAAUACCUCCAAUCAAAAUCCCAACGGUCAAAAUCCCGACAUGGACAAAAUACUGACAUUUAAAAUACUAACAAGGUCAAAAUACCGACAUGUAAAAUGUUCACAGGUCAAAAUACCGACAUGCGUGUUUCAUUGUUUUUUUGGUGUGUAUGUUGACAUAGGUUGACAUGGACACCAUAUAAGUGUACCGCAUCCCCUCGCGCUUCGGGCACGGUUCCUCGCUGCACUCGGCACACUAUUAUAUUCCCCCUCCAGGUCCACUGGGAUGGUAAAGUAUGACAAAAAAGAAAAAAGAAAAAAACAUCUGCACACUAAAUAAAUAAUAAAUCAGCAUUAUAUAUAGAUUGACCCAUAUAUAAUGACACCUAUAGGAACCCCAAUAUUAGUGUGUCUAAUUAGACCUUAUACCUCUCUGGGGGUGCGACCCUGAUACAACCAAGUAUGUAGCAAGAAAUAAAGAACAAAAAAAGGCGGUUGAUAGGUCGGGUGCACAAAUCAAAUUUAUAUGAUUGAUUAUUGUAUUAAA